AUGUCUAGCGCAAACUCUUCGCAACAUGCUCAAGCCUAUGGGCUCCCUGUGGGCGUUCAUACUCCUGGCGGCGCGCGCAAAGAGCCCCCUUUGCUGGAUUCUGCUCCCACACUUGGAUACCGCUUCAACCACAUGAUGAUCCGCAUCCAGGAUCCCGAAGCCACGAUGAAAUUCUACGUCGAUCUGAUGGGCAUGAGGACGGUCUUCGCCAUCAAUACCGGUCCGUUCACCGUGUAUUAUCUCGGGUACCCCCAGACCCCCGAACAUCGCGCCGAUCUAUCCGCCUUUGCCCGAGAUGUUGCAAAGCACUCAGUGUUGACGCAGACUUUGGGCCUGCUAGAGUUGUGUCACUAUCAUGGAUCGGAGAAUCAGCCAAAAGGUUAUAUUUCCAAUGGAACUAACCCCCCGCACCUGGGCUUCAAUCAUUUGGGAUUUACGGUCCCAAGCGUACCGGAAACUGUGCAGCGUCUCAGGAGUGCUGGGGUCAGAAUUGUGAAGGACUACGGGCAAGGUCCUGUCGAGGGGAUUCCCACCACGACGUGGGAGAGAGAGCAGGGAGUUGCGACGGAUGAAUUAUCAGCCGGAUUUCUCAACAUUAUCAACCAGGUAGCUUUUGUGGAAGAUCCGAACGGCUACUUGGUGGAACUAGUUCCUCAACAACUGUCUCCGCAAUAA